AUGCGGUUGUGCGAGAGGCCCUCGCGGCGUCGGGUUGUGCCUGUUCCUAAAUCAGCGGUUCCCAGGCUGCCUUCCAUUUCAGAUGACUUAAAAAUAGGCUAUUUUGUCACAGACCAUGCUACUCAAACAGAUAUCACAGAAGUAGCUGAACUAAAGGAGCUGACUAAUACUACACAAACUCUAGUACAGCUGAUUGACUCCCUCCAACAAGAUUUUUUGAUCUACAAAAAUGUCCUUUGUUCACAAUAUGAAGAAAAAAUACAAGAGCAUGCUUCAAAUCUUUGUAGACACAUAAAUGACAGGCUGAAAGACAUUGAAGAUUUUCAUAAAAAGAGAGAAGCCCAAAUUCGACAAAGCUAUCAGCAGCAGCUCUCUGAUGCACUUGCUGUUCCCAGAGUGGACUUUGAGAAACAUUUCUUCAUAAAUGAAGAUGCAGACUCCUCAAUAGCAGAGCACAUGCAGGUUUUAAUGAAUAAACUCUUGGAACGAGACUCUAAAAUUCAAUAUUUAGAAGCAGAAUUACAAGAAUAUCAAGAACAUGAAUGUGUAAAAAUGAUUAUCUUUGAAGAUGAUGACCAGGAGAAAAAAAUGCUUGAAAAAGAAAAUGAGGAUUUCAAGCAAGAGGCUUCUAGACUGUAUGAUAUGAUUUUGCAUCUUGAAAAUUCUCUGAAACUGAGUGAAAAAGAAAAUAAAAAAUUAGAUACGAAAGUUCGAGAUAUGCAAUUAAAAAUGGAAAAUGAUGAGAAAACUGUUAUAAAGUUAAUUACAGCUCAUGAAGAAAUGAAGAAGGAACUUCAAAAUGAGAAAUUACUAGUUAAGAGUCUGCAAUUCAAAGAAGCAAAGGAAGACAUUGAAACUGAAGUGGAAAUUAAAGUAACUAGUACAGAGACAAAGACUGCAGCAUUGCAGGUAGAAGAAAAAGACACAAAACAGCUGAAGGAAGUAGUGAGAAGUGAACGUGAAAAUAUAAUGUCUCUUGAGAAAAAAGAACUGCAAAAGAGAGAACCACAAAAAGGAGAAUCUCAAAAGGGGCUCAUAAGCAAGAAACUGAAGAAGACUCCUAGUGAGAAGAUAGUUGAAAAGGAAGAUGAAAAGAGAGCAUUGCUUGCUGAAAUUGAGAAGCUGAGAAAGUCUGAAGGUCGAGAGAGGCAACACAUAGAAAGUCUUAAAAAGGAAGUUGAACAUGUCAACCGAAGUUGGGCAAAGAAAUUUGAAAUUCUAAAGAAAAGCCUCCAUGCCAUUAAGAAUGAGAUGUUUCUUAGGCAAUCUCUACAGCGUCAGUCAGCAUCAUUUAACCAUGCAACCUUCAGUCAAACAGUUGCUGUUCCUCUCUGUACUGAAACUGGUUCAAGUGAAAUGAAGAUGGAUAGAGGUGGUUUAUAUGUGCCCUCACGUUUGCCACAGAUACCUUCCCAAUCAUCUACAGAGAGAAAAGAAAAGAAAGGAGGGGUUACAGAUGUUCAGAUUACAAUUGGAACAGAAAUGUACAAUUUGUAUGAAGAUGGAUCCAAAUGUCAAUUUUGAUUCUACCAGCAUUUCUAAGGCACAUCGUCAACCAUGACUAAGUUUUUCCCUAAGUAUAACUGAAAAACAAGGCUAGUCUUCCAAAGCUGUUCUACUCAUGCUGCUUUGAUGCUUUUCAGCGGUCCCAUUAUGAUGGAGCUAGUGAUAGCAUAUGUAGACACUUUGCUUCUGUUGCUGUACUGCUUCAAGGAACAAACUAUUUUUACUCAGCAAGUGAAAUUUCCACAAGAUUGUUAUUGUUUACUAGGGAAAACGCUUCAGACAAAUUUUGAAAGUCACAAAGUUGCUGCUUAUCACCACAGAACAUUUGAUGUGCUUCAAAAACUACAAGAACCAUGGUGACAUUCAAAAGCAAGAUAGAAGAAAAUGUUGUU